UUUUUUGUUGGUGGUUUUUUAUAAUAACAAUAAUAAUAAUACAUUUUAUUUAAUAGGCUCCUUUCUUAGCACUCAAGAUCACCUUACAAUGAAAUUAAAUUACAUUAGUAAAAUUAAACCAAAGAGAAUGAUAAAUUAAAAAUAAAUAAUUAGCAAACAAGCAAAAAUAAAAUUAACUUGCAAGGUGCUUAGUGCAAAAAGGCUUAUUUCCCCUUUAUGGACGAGUUUUCCUAAAUAACAAGUACACGUCACAAGUAAGAUGAGUGCUGAGGCAGCAGACCGUGAAGCUGUGACGUGCAGCCGACCCUGCACACCUACACAGACAUCAUGGUUUGAAUUUCUCUUGGACGAUUCCCUCCUAGAACGUCACCUACAAAACCUAUGUCCUGAUCCUGCACCUGUACCACUCAUCAUUCAGUUUCUGGAGCAAGCUUCAAAACCCACAGUAAAUGAACAGAACCAAGUUCAGCCUCCAGCAGAUAACAAGAGAAACAGGACACUCAAGCUUCUUGCUCUCAAAGUGGCUGCUCAUUUGAAGUGGGACUUGGAUGCUUUAGAAAAAGGUUUGUCAAUUCCAGUUCUCAAUAUGCUUUUGAAUGAACUUCUGUGCGUUAGCAAAGUACCACCAGGAGUUAAACAUGUGGAUCUCGAUCUCUCAACAUUACCUCCAACUACCGCUAUGGCUGUUCUUGUGUACAAUCGAUGGGCUAUUCGAACAGCAGUUAAAAGCAGUUUCCCAAUAAAGCAAGCAAAACCUGGACCACAUCAGCUGAACAUGCUGAACCAUGUACAGCAGGAAAAGGAAUUAACAGAAAACAUUUUAAAAGUGCUUAAAGAGCAAGCAGAUGACUCUAUUGCUGUCCUAGAGGCCAUCCUAGGAAUGAAGAAGGAUUUCUAUGUUCACACAAUGAGAACUCUGGAUCUCCUGGCUGUAGAUUCAUGUACUUCAAAUGGGGAGACUGAAUGUUCAACUGCAGGGCUCAAAAUAAGCAAAGAUGAGCUGCAUUGCCAGGUUUCAUAUGAUCUGGGCACAGUCUUCUUUCAGCAGGGCUGUGCAAAUUCCUCAUGUUAUGAAAAGGCCAGGGAGAAUUUCUUAAAAACAAGAGAAUUGCUUGCUAAGCUUGGUGCAAGAGCUGUGCAUUGUAAGAUUGAUGAAAGCAGGUUAGUUGGAUACUGCCAAGCAUGUGGGGUUUUGACUGGAUUAUCCAAGGGUGAUGAUGGACAAUCUGUGAUAUAUGGCAAGAUACACAGCUUAGUCAAAUCGGGAGACUAUAAGGGAAUAGUUGACAUAUUUUUAGAGGACAACGUAACCUUGAGUUUACCAAAUCAUUUCAGACAAUCUAUUCUAAGAGAAUUCUUCCAGAAAGCACAGCAAGGGAAUAAAACUCUAGAUGAAGUGUGUUAUAAAAUCUGUAUAUGUAAUGGAGUGCGUGAUGUCCUGGAGGGUGAAGUAAUUAGUCUUCGAUUUCGGCAGCUUCUGCUGAAACCAACAAAAGAAAAACUCAACUUUCUGCUUGAGGUAUGCACAAGAUCACUGCCAAAGGAGACAGCUUCAGAAAGCAUGAAAAAGAAUAUGACUUCUUUUUUAAAGAAUCUUUGUCUCAGCCUCGAGGACCUCCAGCUUGUUUUCAUGCUUUCUUCCCAUGAGCUCUUCAUAACAUUACUGAAAGAUGAGGAAAGAGUAGCUCUUGUAAAUCAGAUGAGAAAACGGUCAUCGGCCAUCAAUCUGUCAAUGAAACCUUUGACUUCCUUUUAUGAUAUGCCAGCAACAGCAAGUGUAAGCAUAGGACAACUAGAGCAUCAGCUGAUCUUGUCUGUAGAUCCAUGGAGGAUACGUCAGAUUUUGAUUGAGUUGCAUGGUAUGACUGAACGACAGUUUUGGAAAGUUUCUAGUAAAUGGGAAGUUCCUCCAGAUUACAGCAGUGUGAUUCUAGGAAUUAAAGACAACCUUACACGGGAUUUGGUUUACAUUCUUAUGGCAAAGGGCUUGCACUGCAUUGCCAUAAAGGACUUUAUUCAUGCCAGACAGCUGUUUUCUGCCUGCCUUGAGCUGGUGACAGAGUUUUCCCCAAAACUGCGUCAGGUAAUGCUGAACGAAAUGCUACUUCUGGACAUCACUGCUCAUGAGGCAGAAUUUGAAGGAAGCAGAGAGCGGCCACCUCCUGACCUCGUAAGCAGAGUCAGGGGCUACCUGGAGAUGAGAAUACAUGAUAUUCCUCUUCGGCAGAUUUUAGGGAAGGAGUGUGUUGCGUUCAUGUUGAACUGGAGAGAAAAUGAAUACCUGACUUUGCAGGUCCCUGCAACACUUGUGCAAAACAAUCCAUAUGUAAAGUUGGGUCAGCUGCUGGCAGCCACCUGCAAGGAACUUCCAGGACCUAAAGAGACUAGAAGAACAGCUAAAGAUCUUUGGGAAGUUGUUGUACAAAUCUGCAGUUUUAGCAGCCAACACAAACGAGCCAGUGAUGGAAGAAUUAGCUUGAUAAGGCAGAGAGAGUCCACUUUAGGGAUUAUGCACAGGAGUGCAUUUGUGGCCUUUAUUCAGAAGCUGAGGGAACCACUUGUGCUGACUACACUCAUGUCCUUAUUUGUUCGGUUGCACAGCAUUGUACGGGAUGAUAUUGUAAAUGAAGUAACUGCCGAACACUUGUCUAUCUGGCCAACAUCUUUACCCAAUUUGCAGUCCGUAGAUGUGGAGGCUGUUGCUAUCACUUUGAAGGAGGUUGUGAACCACGCAUUGACGCUAAAUCCAACUAACCAUUCUUGGCUAAUUACCCAAGCAGAUAUUUAUUUUGUCACCAGUCAGUACUCUGCUGCUCUGCACCACUACCUUCAGGCUGGAGCUGUGUGUUCGGACUUCUUCAAUAAAGCAGUACCUGCAGAUGUCUACACAGAUCAGGUGCUAAAACGAAUGAUAAGGUGCUGUUCACAUCUAAACUGCCACACCCAGGUGGCAAUUUUGUGUCAGUUCCUCCGCGAGGUGGACUACAUGACGGCUUUCAAGGCCUUGCAGGAACAAAACAGCCAUGACGCCAUGGAUUCCUUGUACGAGUACAUCUGGGAUGUGACUAUUUUGGAAUAUCUGACCUACAUUCAUCACAAAAGAGGAGAAGCUGAAAAACGACAAAUAGCAAUCAAAGCCAUCGGACAGACGGAACUGAACGCAAGCAACCCAGAGGACGUGUUGCAGCUCGCAGCACAAAAGAGAAAAAAGAAGUUUCUCCAGGCAAUGGCAAAAUUGUAUUUUUAAAAGGUUUCUAUGAAAUAAAUACAAGACAGAAUAAAUGCAGUUUAUAAUUUAUAUUCACCAAAAAAAAGGUACAUGGCUUUAUCUUAUAAAAUAAACAUUCAGGACAAAAGUUCUUC